GCAUAUUGUACGGUAGGUACGAAUUGUUUGGAAUUUGCUACCCAAGAGGUGAAACCACACCGCCGUUCGCCGUGGAGUCGACAACACUCAACAUGCUAAGCCCUACGCCAUACGUGGCUUCGACCACUCCGCCGCCGGCCACGACCAACGAGGUCGAGAUGGAGCCGCCGAUCCUCGUCCACCGUACCAGCCGCGUGUCUGGGAAUCGCCGUCCAUCGCUCCCGUCCAUCUCGGUGACUCCGCCGCAAGAACCGACGCUGCGCCAGCGCCUCAGCUCCGUCGUCAGCAACAAAGCCGGCAACAACAACUAUGAAACAGUCGGCAAGCUCAAAAUCCAACUCGACAAAGAGCGCCGACUUGACACGGACUCGUCCAAAUUCCGCCCCGAUUUCAAGUUCAAUAUGGAGCUGGCCCUGCGCACGGCCGUGGGAGUCGUCUUGGCCUCGUUGGUGCUCACCAAAAAUACCGACUCGACUGCUCUCGUGACUGCCACGUCACGCACAAAGCAGUGGUAUUUCUUCCCAGAGUGGUACAUCCUGGGGGGGUUAUCGUACGUUGCUACUGCUACUGUGUUUGGGUGUGGCAAGAACAUUGGGUCGACCAUUCGCGAGCUAUUCCAGCAAAUCUCGGGGGUUGGCCUUGCGUUGCUGUACAACUUGCUCAUUUUUUCAUACUUUGAGCCCCAAGUGUUUAAUACCAAGGCCGAAUUGAACGUGGCCAAAAUCGACGGUACCCUCACUUAUAUUUCGCAUGCGUUCAGUGGCAGCCCGUACUAUGUCCACCAGCGCGACUUUUUUACGAUUCUGCCGUUUAUUAUGCUCUUUACGAUGGUCGCGUUGGUGUUGCCACUGGAAACCAACACGAAAAAGUACAUGCUCGGGAACAACUUGUACUUUGCAUUGACGUUGGUCAGCCCCAACGACUUUACCAACCCAUCGGUACUUAAAGCCCCAGGCGACGACCUCUACCGAACGUCCAACCUCCUUCGCAAUCUCAUGGUGUACAUGUUGCUGGGGGUCACGGGCGCAUGCAUUGCCCAAGUGAUGCUGUGGCUUCCAUACCCAAUUUUUGCCAUUCGAAAGCUCCAAGAGCACACGACGACAUGUGCCGACAACAUCCAGGACCUGCUCAAUUUGAUCGUGGAUUCAUACUGCUUCAAGAACAAAGACGUCGAACAUAUGAACUUUCUCAAACUCAAACUCAAGCGCAAGUUUGAUUUGGCGCUGGCCAAGCAUGCAACCAUGACAGCGCUGCUCAACGACGUCUGGUGGGAGCAACUUGUGGGCCUGCACCUCCCGCUACGGUUCCGGCUCUCUGCAGUCAAACCGUUUAUCGACUUGUAUGCGUCCCAGAUUGAAAACCUCCGCGCAAUGAACCAAGCAAUUGUCCUCGAACGCUAUGAAACCCUCCACGAACUCUUUAUGAAGGCUGUGCAAAAGGAAGUGUACAUUGUCCAGCUUCACGCGACCCGCCUCCUCGAUGAAAUCUCGACUCAAGUGCACCAAGGCACCACGGAAUUGGACCUGCACGAAUCCGCGCGGGUGGAAAAGCACAUGGAGUCGCUACUGACGCACUUUCAAGCGACCCAAAAUCGCAUAUACAAACGUCAUGCGCCAACGCCCAAGCAGGUGGAAGCCAAUAUUCCCCUGAAUUUGUUUGUGUUUUCGUUGCAGUCGUACUGUUCGACCUUGCUCGAGUUCCAGUCGGCGUUCAACGCGAAAACCCACACCACGAGCAAGCGCAUGGUCAAGUUCAUUGCGAGUACACUCCAGACGUUUGUGGACAAGGCCAAGUACCCUCGAGACAAGAUGGAAAUGGCUGCAAAGGUCUGGUUUGCCAUCCUCGCCGCCUGCUUUUUCUCCGUCUACUCGUUUGGGUACGCCUCGACGACUGCGAAUGCCGUUGCUUAUGUCAUGGGCAACCACAUCGGCGGGUCGUUCAGUGUGACCGCAAACCGAGUCGGGGGGGUCAUCGCCGGCAGCAUCAUUCCAUCCAUCUGCCUCUUUUACAUUUGCUCGUACGCGUGUGGCAACAGCAUCCUUGUGGCCAUUAGCACAUACAGCCUCUUGUUUGUGUGGGUGACAGUGUCCAUGUAUAUCAAGUGGAAGGGCGGGUUUGAGUCUUAUGCGGGUCUUAUCUCGGCGUUUACGGCGACCCAAGUGCUGCUUAAAGGGUGCGACGGGUGCGAAAAGGGGUCGGUGGCGCCGAUUUCGUCGUAUUCGAACCUGGCGCAGAUGAGUUUGGGGAUUGUGCUGUUUAUUAUCGUGGAAAUGGCCAUCUGCCCACAAAGCGCCAUGGCUCUGCUGCGUGCCAACAUCCAAAACCAAAUGAAGCUGUACCAGCAGUGCUUUCAAGUACUUGUGCAAGACACAUUGGCCCGAGACGGCGCCGUGGCCACCGAAGAUGAAGAUGACGAAGCUACAGCGUCGGAAAUCAAGGCGAUUGUCAAGAAGAAGCUCCCGGCGUUGCUGGUCGAACAAGCUGCAUUGCUCAAGGAAGCAGCGUUCGAGCCGUUGCUGUGGAAGCCGCCGUUCUCGACGCAAAAGUACGAAGCUGUGCUCGAUUGUUGCCAGCGACUGCUGAACAACACACUGGUGCUAUUCAAACUCACGCAAUGGUAUAAGCACCGUAUGGAUCUCCAGCAUCCAUCUGCAUCUCCGAACAGCAACAACGACCAAGCAAAAGAUCACCACCAUCAAACGUCCAACACGAGCACGACCGCUAACCUUAUCUCAGACGACGACGACGACGACGUAGCUAAACCUGAAAUUGUGACAGAGAAAAAGGAAGUGUGGGGCUUCUCGACGGCUGAAGUCAACUUGGCCAUUCACGAUACAUUCGACACGCUCCACGAUUUGUUUGGCGAGUCGUUUACGUACGCCGACGGCGACCAGACGGCGCUGUUUAUGCAGAUGAAGGAAGCGUUUCGGUUGGCAGACAAGGACUGCAGCGGUGAAAUCGACGCCGACGAAGUCAAGUCGAUGCUCGAGAUGAUCUUUGCCCAGUCCGGCGCGGUCAAAGUCGACGCUAUUGACAGCUACGUGGCCGAGUUUAUGGAGAUCGUCGACAGCGACCAGAGCGGCAAAGUCAGUUUGGAAGAGUUUAUCGAUGCAUUGGAGCACGGUUUGCAGCUCCAAGUUGAAGUGUUUCAGCAUCGAUCCAACAAGGUGGUACCGGCGCAUUAUCAUGUACCACAUGAAGACACCUCGCGACCUUCGCGGCCGUCUAUGAUGGAGUUCCAGCCCGCCCCUCGAACGUCGUCGCAGAUCACGUCGUCGCAGAUUGACCACGGCGGUGACAAUAUGACCCGCGCUCAUGACAUGCUCAAUGUCGACUCGUUCGCGCUGCCAGAUGUAGCCCAAGCUAUGCGAACCAUGUACGCGUCGUGGCUGCUCGAGAAUGGCCGAUAUGAAAAGGCUUCGAUGGAGGAUUUACUCCUGCUCAACUGCUUGAUCAGCGGCGUGAGUGGGUUUGCGAGAAACUUGGCGAUGUUGGAAGAGAUGACCGUGCAACAGUAGUAAUACAAAACAGCAAACUGUUGUAUAGAUUAUAUAUAUAUAUAUAUAUAUAUAU